UUGAACAAAACAACGCGAACGGAAGUCACUCAAUCCUGACCAACCAAGACAUCCAAAUUAUCCACACUUUAAAUACGAUACAAUAAUAAUCAAUAAACCCCUCAAAGCAGAAACACGUUCGCGUUUCUUAGAGGCAAAAGCGCAAACACAUUAAUAAAUACAGAAUCUUUGUAGGCCAUCUCUCAUCGUAUGGCUUCCGCUACUUCGUCCAAUCUCAAUCUGGGUCUUCGUUUUGGAGCGAAUCGUGAUGGAUUUUCGAAUCGAUUGGGUCAAGGGCCGUGUUCUUUGGCGACCAAGAGCAACGACGCCGUAUGGAGAGGAAUUAGACGAAGAGGAAGAAUUUCGAUGUCGAUGACGACGGCGAUGGAGGCCAAGACUGGUUCAAAGAAAGUGGAAACGAGAAACAAUGGCGAAAAAGGGAAACUGGGUCAUGAAAAGCUGGACGAAUGGAUGACAAGGUCGGUGGUGGAGAUCGUGAGGAACCUAAGGUCGGCACCGCUAAUGGUACAAGUACACGCAGAGAAUAAUAGUAGUAAGAUGUGGUUGGAGACGGAGAAGGCGGAGGAGGAGAAGUGGGGAAUGGUGAAGAGAAAGUGGGAGAAAGGAGAGGCUCCAAUGCCGAAUGGACUAAUACUGGUGGAAGAGCUUGGAGAGGUAGAGAGGAAUAUAGAGAGUGAGAGGGUGUGGGGGAUAGUGGUGCAAGGGAGAAAGGAAGAGUGUGGUGGUGGACCAUUGUGUUAUUUGUUGAAGACAACAAGCGUUGCGUCUGGGUUGGGAAUGUGUUGCACCCACUUCUGUUUGGUUGAGGUGAAGGGGUUCAGGGAAAGCGCUGUGUCACAGCUCAAGAAUUCUUGGUUGGUGCAGGCUGCCUUCUCCCCAUGAUUUCGGAUUUCAAUUGUAUAUUUGCACAUAACUAUUAUUCCUUAUUUGUUGGCCAGGAGUUCAUCCACAAAAAAAAAAAAAAAAAA